UUCCUCCUUCCCAGCCAGUGCUGGAAAUCUCCCAGGAUGAGGAAAGGGGCAUCAAACUCUCCUGUCAGACUCACGGGGGCAGACCCCAGCCCCAAAUUUCCUGGCUCUUGGACAACGGGAUUGAGCUCCCAGGCGACACCAGGCACCAGCUGGGGGCCGACGGGAGCCGAUGGAGCAGCCGGAGCUCCCUGAGGCUCCUGAGCUACAGCCCCGCGGUGACAGCCAGCUGUGCCAUCCGGCACCCUGAAUUGGGGGCACAGAGACUGGUGGCAUCUUUCCCCUUCCAGAACCUUCCCAGCUCCGGCUGCAAACAGGCAACCCGACCUUCAGAGGAUGCAGGAGUUCCCAGCUCAUCAGAGAAUCCAGCAGUUCCCAGUUCUCCAGAGAAUCCAGCAGAACUCUCCAGCCCUUCUGCAUUUCCAAAUCAUCCAGAAGUUUCCAACCCUUCUGCAUCUCCAAAUCAUCCAGAACUUUCCAGCCCUUCUGCAUCUCCAAAUCAUCCAGAAGUUUCCAACCCUUCUGCAUCUCCAAAUCAUCCAGAACUCUCCAGCCCUUCUGCAUCUCCAAAAGAUCCAGAACUUUCCAGCCCUUCUGCAUCUCCAAAAGAUCCAGAACUUUCCAGCCCUUCUGCAUCUCCAAAAGAUCCAGAAGUUUCCAUCCCUUCUGCAUCUCCAGGGACUGCAGCAGGUCCGGCCCAGCCAAACCUCACGGAUGUCUCGCUGCUCGAGCAAAAUCCCGAAUCCAAGGGGCUCCUGAGGAAGGAGAAGAAUGUCCUGCUGCCCGUGCUGGUGGCUGCUCUGCUCCUGGUGCUGCUCAUCAUUGUGCUGCUCUUCAUGGUGAAGCUGAAGAAAGCGCACGGGGCGUGGAAGAGAGAGGUGCGAUGUCCCCACGCUGCCGGCGGUGACAGGAAACCAUCACGGGGACAGAAAUACCCGAGGGGGCUGCGAGAAACCGCGCGGAGCCGCAGCUGCCUCCGAACAACUCUCACCUCCUGCCCAGCCCCUCCGACAGCCGCGAUCCCCACGGGGAACCGUCCUACAGGGAGCCCCGAAAAGAUUCAUUUCCCCAAACGGCAGUGGGAACUGGCAGCCGAGAGCCACGUGGAAAAUCAAAUCAAAACGCGCAAAACAGGAAUGAAAACAAAACUCUGCCGCUGCCCAUUUACCCAGCUCCAAGGCAGCGAUGUUGGAAUUCUCCAGGGGGCGUUUGCAGGGGCUGCCGGUGACGCUGUGGCUCUGAAGGAAGGAGAAAAUCUCGACCUGAACUGCACCUUCAGCACCCUCAGCAACCACAACUUCACCCUGCAGUGGCUGAACCCGCGGAAUUUCACCAUUUUCCUCAACGCCCAGCAGGUUCUGAGGGACCAGAGGUACAAACUGCUGCGCUUCUCCAGGGCUGAACUGUCCAUCCGGCUCUCCAACCUGACCCUGCGGGACGAGGGAAUUUACCGCUGCCUGCGCUACACCCGGCGCGUCACAACCCAGAGCCAAAACAUUCACAUUUUGG